AUGACUAUCACAACAGACCUUCUAUCCUGGCUCCAACAUGACAAGGACACCUCCGACCCGCGAGCCUCCCUCGCCCUUCUCGCGGCCGCCUUCUUCGUCCUCAACUUCCUCUUCUUACUCACAUACCUAACCAUAAUAUACCCCUACUUCUACAGCCCAUUCCGCCACCUCCCCAGACCAAAGGGCGAAAUCCCUCUCCUGGGCCAACACACAACCCCCUACACCAAACCCCUCGGCUCAACAUACCUCCAAUGGAUUCUCUCAACGCCCAACCAGGGCCUAAUAACCUACCGCAGCAUCCUAAACCAAGACAGACUACUAGUUACAUCACCCAAAGCAAUCGCCGAGGUCCUGGUGCACAAUACAUAUGCCUACACGAAACAUCCCAGCGAACGCUCCGUCAUCCAGCGGUUUCUGGGCAACGGGCUUACGAUUUCAGAGGGCGAGGAGCAUAGAUUCCAGCGGAAGGCUAUGACGCCGAUUUAUGCCUUGAGGAAUAUUAGGUCGUUCUAUGGGUUGUUUUGGGAGAAGGGGGUUGAGUUGGUUAAAUGUCUUGAGGGGAGACUUUCCACCCAUACCAAUCUACAUGGUGGAAGUUCUGGUGUCGAAGAGUUAAACCAGUGGGCGAAUAGGACGACGAUGGAUAUUAUUGGUCUUGCGGCGCUGGGACGCGACUUUGGAUGUCUUGGUGGCGAGGGGGUCCAGAGUGACCUGUUCCAGACGUAUCAGGAGAUCUUCACCUGGGCGCCUGAGAAGGAUGUCUUUAUGGCGCUGAACCGUGUCCUGCCGAGGACGCUUGUGCAGUGGUUGCCGUGGAGGGUGAAUGAGCGGAUCUAUGUUACGAGUGCGACGCUGAGGGAUGCUUGUCGGGGGCUGGUGAGGGACAAGAUGGAUGAGUUUAGGCGACUGGGCGGGGAAGGCGAGGAUUUGAUAUCGAGGAUGAUGAGGUUAGGUGGAUGGGAGGCUGAGGGACUGGUUGAACAGUUGCUUACGAUCAUUGCUGCUGGGCAUGAAACGUCCGCAUCGGCAUUCACCUGGGCAUGCCAUCUCCUAUCCCAGAACCAGGAUGCCCAAGAACGUCUACGAGCUGAGUUACUAGAGGUUAUACCAUCACUACUCACUCAAGACCCAGCUUCCGACACCCUCGCAAGCGUACUCGAAAACCUCCCAUACCUCAACGCAGUCUGCAACGAAGUCCUCCGCUUCAACCCCCCAGUCCCCCUAAUUCGGCGAGUCUGCACCACCCCAACAACGAUUCUAAACCACCCAGUCCCACAGGGUACACAGGUCCUGAUCUGCCCCUACGCCAUAAACCGCAGCCCAGAGCUCUGGGGCCCCGACGCCGGCCAAUUCAAGCCAGAGCGCUGGAUUAACCCCGAAACAGGCAAAGCCAACAAUGAUGGCGGAAUGGUCAGCAACUACGCCAAUCUGACAUUCUCGCAUGGGCCUAGAAGCUGUAUCGGACAGAACUUUGCGAAAGCCGAGAUGAGGGCUUUGGUUGCGGCUUUUGUGUCCAGAUUUAGGUUUCAGCUCGCGAGGCCGCUCGACAAAGUUGUUCCUGUUGGCAUUGUCUCUGUGAGACCGAAAGAUGGGCUAUAUUUGAAGAUUGAACGGGUGGAAGGCAAUUGA